AGUGCACCGCGUCACCGAACUACGGGCCCUAACGUCGCAUUUAUUGGGUAUCAUUGCAGGUAGAAACAGCAGCAGCCCAGCUACACCAACGAAACGCACAUCAUGGGGUACCUGCAUAAAUUGAGACUGCUACUGUGGAAAAACUUCCUCAUCAGGAGGAGGAACAAGACACGCCUCGUCAUCGAACUUGUCUACCCGCUUCUGUUAUUUGUCAUUAUUGUCGCACUAAAACCAUCUAGUAGCGGAACCACCUCAAGGGCUAAUGAAUGCCACUACAAAGAGAAGGCCAUGCCUUCUGCCGGCCAGCUCCCGUUCCUCCACUCUUUCAUCUUCAACGCGCCCAACUUGUGUUCCGGCGACGGAAGUGACCCAUUCCUCCGAAGUCCGCGGAGUGUGGGUGGUAGCCACAUGCAUCGUACAAGAGCUGGAACGUCGUCGGGCAACGGCACGGUUCCAGACGAAUCGGAAGAAUGCAAGACGGUUGGAGAGGUGAUCAGGGAACUGACCGUCUUCCUGGACUGGGAUGUGAUGAAGCCCUUUAUCACGGGGAAGAUUCUGUACUACCCGGAUACGAAAGCGACCAGAGCCAUCAUGAAGGAGGUCAAUAACACGUUCAACGAGCUGACCGACUUUUCUACUCUGCCACCAGAACUUUUGGAGGUUCUUUUGAAGAUGCGACCUUACUUGAGACCAGUCUUCAAGACCUUCGGUGAGCUUUUCGAAAAGUGCGUGAACCGGGAAAAGGUCCAGGCGGUGACGUCGGAGAACGCUCUCAAGGAGGCUUUCCAGCUGCAGCGUGCCAACAACCUGUGGGCACUGGUUUAUUUCGAUGAAGCCGGCAACGACGACCUGGCGCCCUUCGUCAAGUAUUCGAUUCGCAUGGACCAGACCAGGAUAGGUUCCGUCAAAACGUCGUCGUCGUUCGGUAGCGGGGCAAAGCAUUUAGACUACCCCCUGACGGACCUAAAGUCCAUCACGUACGGCUUCGCAUACCUGCAGGAUAUGAUCGAUAGCGCUGUGAUUGGGCUGCACACCGGGCGUACGGCGAAGAUGCGACCCGGCCGCCUGUUAAAGCAGUUUCCCACUCCAGCUAUCGAGGUGGACACGUUGGCCUCUAUGCUGACGCAACUCAUGCCACUCAUGAUGGUGUUGGCCUGGGUGUACACCUUCUCCCAGACGGUGAAGAGCGUCGUGCUGGAGAAGCAGGAGCGCGUCAAGGAAGUGCUGGCGGUGAUGGGCAUGAGCCGAGGCGUGCAGUGGUCAGGCUGGGUGGUCGAGGGCCUACGCAGCUCCAUCAUCACCUGCAUCAUUCUCAGCGUCCUCAUAAAGUACGGUGGGCUGGCCGAGCGGUCAGACGUGACCAUAAUCCUACUGCUCCUCGUGUCGUUCGUCGUCGCCAUGCUGUCCUUCGCCAUGCUGGUGUCCACCUUCUUCUCGAGAGCGACCCUGGCUGGCCCGUCCGCCGGUGUCAUCUACUUCCUCACUUUCCUAGCCUAUCAGCUGGUGGAGAACUCGCCAACAGAACCGUCCUAUUCAGCCGUCCUGGCCUCGAGCCUGUUCAGUAACGUGGCCCUGGCUGAGGGCUCCCUCGUGCUGGCCAAGAUGGAGGAGAGCAUGGUGGGCGUGCAGUGGUCCACCAUCAACGACCCCGCCGGCCCGGGCAAGCCCGCUACCAUGGCGGGCGCCAUCGGCAUGCUCUGGUUAGACGCGGUGCUGUACGCAGUGCUAGCGUGGUACAUCGAGAACGUGUUCCCCGGGGAGUACGGGGUGCCCAAGCCUUUCUACUUCUUCCUCCAAAAGUCCUACUGGCUAGGCACGCCAUCUUCGCAGGACGCUAUUACACUGAGUGCCGAACACGUCGACCCAGCUAACGCCGACUUCCUGGAGCCAGAGCCUGAGAACGGCGUCGUUGGCGUGUCUAUCGACAAGUUGGGCAAAGUCUUUGGGAAGAAGGCCGCAGUCAACGGUCUCAGCCUAAACUUUUUUGAGAACCAGAUCAACUGCUUCCUAGGACACAACGGAGCGGGCAAGACCACAACCAUCUCCAUGUUGACGGGGAUGUACCCGCCAACCUCCGGCACGGCCAGGCUUUACGGGCUGGACAUCCGCAAGGACAUGGACGCCAUUCGCGCCAACAUGGGCGUAUGCCCGCAGCACAACGUGCUCUUUAACAGCCUGACGGUGGAGGAGCACCUGCUCUUCUUCGGCCGCAUCAAGGGGAUGUCGGAGAAGGAGCUCAAGGGCGAUAUCGACAUGAUGCUGAGCGAGAUGGACCUGGAGAAGAAGAGGAAGGCCUUCGCCAACACGCUCUCUGGGGGUAUGAAGCGCAAGCUGUCCGUGGGCAUGGCCUUCGUGGGCGGCUCCAAGGUCGUCUUCCUGGAUGAGCCGACGGCCGGCGUCGACCCCUUUUCACGUCGAGGCAUUUGGGAGCUGCUUGUCAAGUUCCGCAAAGGACGCACCAUCAUCCUGACGACGCACUUCAUGGAUGAGGCGGACCUACUCGGUGACCGGAUCGCCAUCAUGAGCGAGGGCCAACUGCAGUGCUGCGGCUCCAGCGUGUUCCUCAAGGAGCGCCUGGGGAGCGGCUACCACCUGACCAUCGAGCUGGAGGAGGCCAAGCCUUACGACCUAGAGCGCAAGGAGCGUCUGCUGCGCGAGGUGCAGUCCGUGAUGCCGACCGCGAGGCCCCAGGACCGUGACGACGUGGAGGAGGCCGAGGUGGUGUACACGCUGCCGGACCGCCACGACGUGGCCGCCAUCACCGCCCUCUUCGAACGGCUGGACGAGCGGCGCGAACAACUGGGCAUCGCGUCGUACGCCAUCUCGGACACCUCGCUCGAAGAGAUCUUCCUGCGGGUGGCGGAGCGCAAGGCGGAGGCAGACGCGGCCGGCAGCAUCAGCGACGUGGUCAACGUGGGCGAUGACGACGGCUCCUCCAGCGAGCUGCUGGUGGACUCGCUGUCCGGUGUCAGCCUCCUAUGGCACCAAUACGUCGCUCUCACGCGCAAGCGCUUCAACUACGUCCGUCGCGACCCGAAAGGCCUCUUCACGCAGCUUGUUCUGCCGGCCAUCUUCGUGAUGCUCGCUCUCGCCUUGUCCUCCAGUACCGGCAGCGGAACCCCUCCCGCGAUACAAAUGCAACCCUCUCUGCUCAGUUGGCCCGCGGUGUCGUUCUUUGAACAAACACAGGGCGACGACUGGGGAGACAAGUACGCCAAGUCCUUGAAGAGCGACGGCCUCGGACCGAGCCUUGUGGCUGGCGGCACCGUCGACAAGGACAUGGACCUGACUCGCAGGACGCCGGACUACCACUGCACCAACUCGCCGCCGGAUCCUCAGAAAGCAGAAUGGUCCGUGGUCCUCCCUAGCAAGGAGCUGGUCUACGACCUGACUGGAAGUGACACCGAGACCUGGCUUAUGAAUACCAACACGGCGUGCCAGCGGAAUAGGUUCGGCGGCGUCACGUUCGGCGCCCAGUACAACGGGACGACUGAGUAUGGGCAGUUUGGACAAGCUGACAAUGCAAGGAUCUGGUUCUCGACAAAGGGCUACGCUUCCGUGCCUGCGUACCAGAACGCCAUCAACAACGUGAUCCUGAGGGCCUCUCUACCAGCCGGCAAGACGCCGAGGGACUACGGCAUCCUGACGAAUAGCUGGGCCUUACCCGCCGACCCGGACGCGGACGACGACAACAAGAUCGACCCUGUUGAGGUCAGCGUCGUCCUUUCGUCUGCCAUCACGGUCAUCUUCGCCAUGAGCUUCGUGCCCGCGUCCUUCGUCAUGUACCUUGUGGAGGAGCGCGUGGAGCAGUCCAAGCACCUGCAGCUCGUAUCCGGUCUGCGGCCCUACAUCUACUGGCUGCAGAACUACACGUGGGAUUUGGUAAACUUCACGGCCGCCGAAAUUUUUGUCAUCUUGAUUUUCGUCGCAUUCCAAACCCCAAUGUAUGUGUCAGGAAAAAAUCUUACGGCGCUUAUAUUCCUUAUUUUCCUGUAUGGGAUGUCUUGCACCCCGCUGCUCUACCUGUUCCACUGGUUCUUCCGCAUCCCCAGCAUGGCCUUCUUGGUGCUGUCCACGGGCAACCUUUUCAUCGGCUUGGUCGGCACAGUCACAAUGAUGGUCAUGACCGUCACUAGCACUGCAGCUACAAGGCAGGUCGUAGAGACGCUGUUCCUGAUGCUGCCCCAGUACUGCCUGGGACAGGGUCUCAUGAACAUGGCGAUGAACCAUUUCCAAUCGCUCAUUCUGGAGAUGCAAGGGCAGCCCGGCAUUUCACCACUCGACUGGGAAGUCACGGGCAAGCACAUGGUGGCCAUGGCCAGCAUGUCGGCGGUGCUGGCGGUCGCCGUGUUCUUGGCGGAGCAGAGCACGCACUGGUGGCACGGCUGGGCGCAGGGCAGCAGAAACGAAGUCGCCGAGGCGGACGCCAACAAAGAGGACGACGUGCUACGCGAGGAGCAGCGCGUCGCGGAAGGCCGCGCCGACCAGGGCAUGCUCGUGCUCAAGAAAAUCACCAAGCGCUACAACCGUAAGGCGCCCCCCGCGGUGGCGGGCGUGUCGCUCGGAGUGGAGCGCGGCCAGUGCUUCGGCCUGCUCGGCCUCAACGGCGCCGGCAAGACCACCAUCUUCAAGAUGCUGACGGGCGACACGCUCAUCUCCGGCGGGGACGCGCUCGUGUCCGGGCGGUCCGUGCGCGCCGACAUGGACUCGGUGCGCCGCAUGACGGGCUACUGCCCGCAGUUCGACGCGCUCGUGCCGCUGCUCACGGUCCGCGAGCACCUCGACCUGUACAGCAGCCUGCGGGGGACGCCGGACAGGCAUCGGCCCCUGGCCGUGCGCCGCGCCAUCCAGCUGUUCGACCUGGGCGCGCACAAGGACAAGAACGCCAAGGACCUCUCGGGCGGAAACAAGCGCAAGCUGUCGGCCGCCAUCGCGCUGGUCGGCGAGCCGUCGCUGCUGUACAUGGACGAGCCCACCACGAGCAUGGACCCGGUGGCGAGGCGCUUCGUGUGGCAGCGCGUGCGGCGAGUCGUGGCAUCGGGCCGCUCCGUGCUGCUCACCUCGCACAGCAUGGAGGAGUGCGAGGCCCUGUGCGCGCGCCUCACCAUCAUGGUCAACGGCAAGCUCACCUGCAUCGGCAGCCCGCACCACCUCAAGCACAAGUACGGCUCGGGCUACCUGGCCGUGGUGCGGUGCAGCCUGCCGCGGGUGCACGAGGCCACCGAGCUGCUGCUGCAGCGGCUGCAGGGCGCCUCGGUGGUCGAGAGCCACCUGCACCAGAUCAAGCUGCAACUGCCACCCCAUCUGUCGCUCAUAGCCAUCUUCACCGCCCUGGACGAGGCACGGCGCGGGGGCAGCGUCGAGGACUACUCCGUCACGCAGACCACCCUCGAGGACGUGUUCAUGCGGUUUGCGCGGGCGCAGAGGGCGGAGCACCCUUAGGGGAGAAAGAGAGAAGAGACAUGGUAGGAUAAACAGACAGGUGUUGGUGUACUUACAACUACACUUCGAUAAACCUGUGUUUCAAAUUGCUCUUGUUAACCUGUGUUACCGUUGUCAUGUGGAGGGACCAAUUUUGUAAAUUAUUGACGAAUAAAUGUGUACAUUGUGCGUUUUGUUACAA